AUGGCUAGUCUCAAGCUCAUAAUGGAUGUCAACGAUGACCGCACUGAGUCUCAUCACAUUAAUAAAAAGGACGUCGCCUCAAAUCAUCCAGCCAACACGGGCCAUCCCUAUGGACCACCUCCCCAUACUCAGCUACCACCGCUACCACCACUACCACUGACAACGUUACCACCCAUCACGCUCCCAAGAUAUGACAGUAGCUCAGGACUACCCAUCCAGUCUCGAGAUAUUAGCCUAGCUGUUGCCACUUCUCAGACCAAGCACCAAAGCACUAGCUGGGCAUUCAAAGACGUCAACCUUGCUGCAUCUUCGACCCCACCAGCUGUUCAUAACAGGUCCACGAUGCGUCGUCCUAGCACAGCGAGCAAUGACUCGGCGGAUCAUACGGGAUAUGUAUCAGCCUCAUCGUCAAUGGGAGGCAACUACCACCAGUCGAACACGCCAAUGAGGCCAAUGCCUUCACAACCCCAUACCCCCGAGCUUCCCAUGAGGCUUACACCUAUCACCGGCCGAGUGAGCAGAGCAAAGAAAGGCAUACCGGUUCAUGUUUGCGACAUCUACCUUUACAAGGGCAGAGCAUUUGAGGCGCCAUCAACUUGGGCAUGGACCCCCAGAGUACCGUUGCCCAUAUCCCAACUGCGACAAGGCGUUCCAUCGGCCGGAUUUGCUGGCUCGACAUCAGCAAAGACAUCUAUAGUGAGCAAGAAGGCGAUAAAGUGCUUCAAACGAUGCCAGCAGACGACAGACGUGACCAUCGCGGUCCACCCUCUCCACCAAUUGGAUUGGUACCACCAAGGUCGGGCCAAAUACCAUCUGGUAGGCUAUCACCAGGCUCUUCAAAUCCUCGCGGAAAAGCACCACCCAGUGAUGCUGUACCAAGAAUGGAGCCAGAGUCAGGUUAUCCCGGAGCUCAAGAUCCAUUUCACUAUUCCCCCGGAAUUCAAUACAAUCCGGAUGCAUCGUCCCCGGACAUCAGUUGGCCGCCUCAACCACCUAGAACGCUUCCACUACAGCCAAGAGUGGAAAUACCCAUUGCAGACGUACCUAGUUCAGAACACUGGCGUCAUUCUCCUUCGACAACGACCACCUCAAGCUAUUCAACAACUCCAGUUUCUGUUAGACCCCCGGAUUCAGAAAGAUGCUUUACUGGACUCCUCCUAUGGUAUGCCGGGUGUCCCAUUCCCAUUGGAGGAUAUCAGCAUAUUUGACGCCGUGAGAGCCGAUCCCAGCUACAGCAACGACGGUGUUGGUUAUGAGAACGGAAACUUGAUUACAUUGGGUUUGCCGAUAAGUAAUGGGUGUGGAUUCCCCGGGGCCACUCUUCCUAUGUCGCUGAUGAAUCCACUCCAUGACGCUGUUGCGCAGUACCUUGAGGUGUACUGGGAGAGAGUUCACCCUGUGCUCCCAAUAGUACAUCGAGCUACCUUCGAAAGCGCCCCGAAGAGGUGUUGCGGUAUGCUAUGGCCGCGGUGGCGACUCAGCUCCUCGAUAACGAACAGGAUCGUGUCAAGGGCAGUCAGAUGCACGAUUUUGCUUGGAGGGAGUGCCGUUAUACGGCCCUCAAGUUUGUUUAAGGACCUUUACAAGAGGCCUCAGCUUCAGGUCAGCGAACAGACAUACUUACAGGGUGCUUUCAACCCACAGGUUUUGUACCAUCACCCAACUACGCUCAAUUAUACUGCCUCUCCUUCGGAUCAACACUUACCGGUUUACACAUCCUGGAACAACUGGGUCGAUGCAGAGGCCCGUCGUCGCCUCUUGGCGGCAUGCUUUUUCCUCGACGGGCACGCCGCCAUCUAUCAGCAGCAGCCGCAAGCAGGCCAAUCCUCAGCGGACUCGGAACUGACACCCCCACCAGUUCCUCUUAUGGGCUCCAGCUCGAGGCUUUGGGAGGCUUCUUCAGCAGCUUCAUGGGCGAAAAUCCUUCACGAAGACCCUUUGGCUGGCAUCCCGGUCUUUGUACCCUCGCCAGAGACCAUUACACCCGAAUUUGUUUCAAGACAGAUGGGCAUCGAUCGGAUGAUCAUCCUUGUGACUGAAUCUCUGCGAUUCCCGUACAGGCAAGGCUUAACCGCAUCAUCUGCCUCGGCUCGGAAGUCGUCAACGAGCGAAGUCGAUCCCCAGUUGCACUACAUGGAUAGCCAGUUCAGCCCUCUGCAGCAGGAAUCACUUUGCUUCCUGCCCGACUUCUUACAGUCUCCACAUUCAAGAAAUUGUGAGUCGCUCGAGAUGGAAACACGUCUUAGCAGCCUUUUCCCCGGUUGUCCCAUUGCCAAUACCUACCUCGCACUGCAUCACACUCCGCUUCAUGAUCUUCUCGCUGUCAGCGGCGAUUCGUGGUUAUUCACCAAGAAAGUCUUUCCAGCCGCAAAUUUUGCCAGUCACUUAAGGGGCCUGAAAGCCUGGGCAGAGCACCAUCACCAUCGUUCAAGCGGCAACGUCAGCACACCUGCGGAUGCCGCCGACCUUAACGUGGUGAAGGCAACAAUGUACGCCGCCCGCUCGAUUAUGCAGUUCUUGAGUUCCGUGUCACUGGGUGUCUCCCGGUAUGCGCCAGUCGAAGGUACAGGAACAGGAGAUCGAUCAUCGCUCUGGGGAAAGGAUAUCUCCGACUACUGGGCUCUGUACGUCUGUGCCUUAAUAGUCUGGGCUUUCGGCCACAAAGCCCGGUCGGUCCCUGCCACUGGUUCUACGAUUACCACUGCUACAGACGUGCAGCAACAGCAGCAACAGCAGCAUCCAGCCAAGCGUCGACGAACAAGCAAUGACAGGGCCAGUUCUACCUCUAGGCGUGGAAGUUCAGUGGCAGCCGAUCAGCACGCUAUAACUUGGCUGCGCAAGGUGGCUGCGGACGACAUCACCAAAGAAGAGGUCAUGCGGGCGAGAAGCCGUUGUGAGUCGAUGAGCGUUGUCUCGCUGGUGCGCCGUCGACUGGAGAGUGACUGUAUCGGGAGCAAGAAUAAGCUCUACGUGGAAGCCAUCGGGGUACUCAGGAGACUAGAGGAGGAUGGGGAAAAGAACGAUAAACCAUGGUUUUAA